AUGGAAAGUCAGAAGAACAUAUCUGAAUUCAUCCUCAUGGGUCUUUCUUCUGACCAGAACAUACAAGUAUUUUGCUUUAUGUUCUUCUUACUCUGUUAUCUUGCCAUCUUGGUAGGGAACCUUCUGAUCCUCAUCUCUGUUCGUUGCAGUUCUCUUUUUCACCAACCAAUGCACUAUUUCCUCAGUCACUUGUCUUCUAUGGACAUUUGCUAUACCUCCUGUGUGACACCUAAACUGAUUGGUGAUCUCCUAGUGGAAAGAAAAACCAUCUCUUAUGGUAACUGCUUGUUACAGGUGGUUGCCAUGCACUUCUUCGGAAUGAUUGAAAUCAUUAUCCUUACAAUUAUGGCCUUUGAUCGCAAUGUGGCCAUCUGCAAACCUCUCCACUACACGAUCAUCAUGAACAGAACUAGGUGCAAUCUCCUUAUCAUGGUUGCUUGGGCUGGUGGGGCUGCUCAUUCCUUUUCCCAGUUUUCUAUGAUAAUUGGGUUGCCUUUCUGUGGCCCUAGUGAAAUUGAUCACUACUAUUGUGAUAUAUUCCCUUUGCUGAAAGUUGCCUGUACUGAUACUCACCUCAUUGGCAUCCUUGUGGUUGCAAAUUCGGGACUGGUUGCCUUGGUAACCUUUGUUCUCCUGUUUGGAUCUUACAUCAUCAUAUUAAUCACCUUAAGAAAUCUCUCAGCUGAGGGAAGACGCAAGGCCCUCUCUACCUGUGGAUCUCAUGUCACUGUAGUCGUUUUGUUUUUUGGACCAUCAAUCUUUGCCUACCUUAGACCUCCUACCACUUUCCCUGAGGACAAAAUAUUCGCUCUAUUUUACACUAUCAUUGCUCCUAUGUUCAAUCCAUUAAUCUACACCCUGAGAAAUACAGAAAUGAAAAAGGCCAUCAGGAAGGUGUUUUAUCAAAAGCUAUUUUCGGCAGAAAAAUGUAACUGAUUUAUGUUACUCAAUAUGCUAAACAUCAUUGUGCUUUAGUGAAAGUGGACUU